AUGGGGGCGGAGCCAAGUCUCCACAAAUCCUCAGACGCCACCCACUGCGAAAAGGGCCAGAGACUGUACGUGAGCGGCGCGGGGCUGCGCGAGCUGCCCGAGGAGAUCGAGGAGCUGCGCGAGCUGCGCAUCCUGGCGCUCGACUUCAACAAGCUCGAGCGCCUGCCCGACGGCCUGUGUCGCCUGCCGCGCCUCACGCGCCUCUACCUGGGCGGCAACCGGCUGCUGGCGCUGCCCGCGGACUUCGCGCAGCUGCAGAGUCUGCGCUGCCUCUGGAUCGAGGGCAACUUCCUGCGGCGCUUCCCGCGGCCGCUGCUGCGCCUGGCGGCGCUGCAGUCGCUGCAGAUGGGCGACAACCGGCUGCGCGCGCUGCCCGCCGAGCUGCCGCGCAUGACCGGCCUGCGCGGCCUCUGGCUCUACGGCAACCGCUUCGAGGAGUUCCCGCCCGCGCUGCUGCGCAUGGGCCGCCUGCACAUCCUCGACCUGGACCGCAACCGCCUAGGCGGCUUCCCGGACCUGCACCCGCUGCGCGCCCUGCGCGUCUUCUCCUACGAUCACAACCCGGUCACCGGGCCCCCGCGCGUCGCCGACACCGUCUUCCUCGUGGGCGAGGGCGCGGUCGAGCGCAUGGCCGAGCGCGACGAGCCCACGCCCCGGCCGCCGCCCCGCCGCCCAGCCAAGGCUUUUGAGGAUGAGGAGGAAGAAGACCUACUCAUAGGGGGCGGUAGCUCCCGGGCUCUGGGCCCCCCGGGGGGCAGCCUCCCCGCCCUGGAAGCCGCCGCAGGACUGGGCACCUGAGCCUGUGCUGUGGGUGAUGGACGUCGGCGGUUCCGGGAGGAGGGGCUCCGGGAAGGUCUGUGGGAACGGUGGACCCCUACCCCGGGGGCCGCGGAAGCACGACUCUGGGCAAGCCCUAGGGACAGGCAGGCCUGGGGGCCGUCUUCACAUACUCCUGUUUGGAAUGUGCCUGGAGUCUUGCUGGGAGAAGAGAGCUCUCUCCUUUACCCCACAGCCUGAGCCUUCCAGCUGUCAAGUUUGAAAAGACGCCACUGUGCCUCUAGGGCCUUCUGCGUGGAAGAGAGAGGCUCUCUGCCCCGGGAGGCUGCCCCCCAGCCUCUCCCGACUGCCUGCACGCUCCAUUCCCUUAAAUGGGCACAGUCAGGGUAGCUGGCACGGUGUGGGGCAUGGGACAAGCACUCUGUGCCUCCACUCAGUCACCAGGGACCAACCUCAGGGGGUGAGGAGUGGGGGGUCGCUCUGCAAUCCCCAGGGCCAGAUCUUUCCCAUCCAAGCAAUAACGGGAGGAGGCGGCCAGGGCCAGGGACACUCAGGGACACUGUCAGGGGCGCUGGCCCCGUGUGGUAGUGUUUUCUUUAGGACGAAAAGAAACAAAACUGGCUGUAAACAUAAAUUAUAUUUCUUGGAGAAAGAA